AUUUUCCAACAUGAAGAGCUAUAGAGGUACUUAAAUUUUCAGUUUGCAUAAUGCAUACCUACCUAUUCUUUUUUUUUCAAUGCCGAAAUCCCGCAGUUGAUGUGCCAAAUCUACGUGAAUAAGAUGGGCAAGUUUUUUUUAAUAUUUAUUUUUUCGAGUUUCGCUCGAUUGAGUUAUCAAGAAGAGUAUUGUUAUGUUGAUGACCAAAACCCAUAUGUGUAUUUUUCUUCGGCAACUGCUUACUCAAAUGUGCGUUCGAUGAAUUUUGAAGCUGCGAAAAAUUGUGAACCAAUCUACACAUGGGGAUUGAUUAAGCAUGGAACGACUUAUAUGUCAAAAGAUCAAAUUGAAAGUACUGAAAAACUAUUCUCUAUUAGGGAUGAAAUUUUGAAAAAUCAUAGAGAAAAACGAGGUAAAUUAUGCCAAAAAGAUCUGAAUAAUUUAGAAAGCUGGAAUUUGAAACUGGAUAAAAAUAAAGCUGAUCAAUUAGUUACUCCUGGAAUGAUUGAUCAAAUGCAAUUCGCUCGACGUUUAAAAUCUGUAUUCAGUUCGUUAUUCAAAUCCACUGCUGAAGAAUAUUACGAAUUUCAGACGAGUUCCAGUAAAAUUACUAAAGAGGGUUCCAUCGCCUUCGUUGGAGAAAUUUUACAAAAAAAUGUCAAAGGCAAGGAUGCGAAAGAACUUGGCAUCAUUGAGAAUUCUUGGAUAAACGAAGAUGAAAAUCAAAACGCAGAUGUCGAAGAAAUGAAAAAAAUUCUCAAUUCGGAGGAAACAUCUCGAGUGAUGAAAGAAAUAAGCACCAGGCUAGGAUUUGAAAAAGUGUUACCAUUUGGACUUUUGACAUCAAUGUACGAAGUCUGCGCUUUCGAAAAUGCUUGGGGGACAGAUCCAACUCCAGCAUUUUGCGCUGCUUUUUUACGCGAUGAGCUGCAGAUGAUCGAAUACGUAUGGGAUUUGGGAAACUAUUACAGCUAUGGAUACGGUAACACAAAAAAUGACAAUUUUGGGAAACCAUUAUUCGAAGACAUGCUGAAUAAAAUUAUUGACGCUUCUGAUGGAAAAUUAACUAAAAAAGGAUCAUUCUUGUUUUCUGAGCAAUCACCCAUUAGCGCCAUUAUUAAAAAAUUGGGUUUAUACCACGAUGAGCAACCCCUUAAACAUGAUAAUUAUCAAAUUAUGACGAACAGUCGAAAAUGGAGAUCGUCGAUUAUAGAUUGUUUUUCUUCAAAUAUACUGGCAGUAGUAUACAGUUGCUCGGGAGAUAAUCACAAAAGAGUAGAAUUUUACCACAAUGAAAAUUCAAUAAAGAUACCACAAUGUGAAAAAGAUUACUGCUCGAUCAAAGAAUUAAAACAACUAAAAUCUAAAAUCAACGUGGAAGCUGCAGAGAAAAAGAACCCCGAAGAAAAAACAGACGAUAAUUCGCCGCCCAAAAGUGAUGGAAAAAACAAGGAUGAUACGCCAAAAGACAAAUAUCCCGAAGAAAAUAAAAAUAGCGAUAAAUCUCAGCCAACGAAUCCCGAUGAUGGGAACAAGAACAGAGAUAAAUCUCAACCAGGAAACACUGCAGCAGAAGAAAAAAAUCAAAAUUCUGGAGCAACCGUUAUUCUUAUUAACUUGGGGGUGUUAUGUUUAUCUUGUUGUUUCUGUUUGCUUGCGUUUUAUACUAACUACAACUAAGAGUAUUAAUGUCCAGUACCAUUUGUAUCUGAAAACGAUCUUAUUCAAACGACAA